AAUGGCCAUGCUGUUCUUUCACGAGCUUACCUAUUAUCUUACAACGUAUACUGUUCAUCAGGUCCUGAGCUUCUGUUUCUUUCCAAAGGUUGCAAUAGAGGCUUAUUGUGCCUAGAACAAGUUUUCAUCAGACUUGUCUGCAGCUUAAAUAUGCUCAUAUUGUAUGGCACCUAGGAAUUAGAAUGGUUGGCCAAACUUUGGGGGAUGUAAAUGAUGCUGCCAUAGAACACAUCUUGCUCGUGUAAUUUUAGCUAUAGUGAUUUGGUGGUUUUUUUAUCUAUGUAAGUUGUGUAUGCAUUAUGUUUAUGGAUAGAAUUGUGUUUAUCCUCUCUCUGGCAAUUCCUACUUUCUCUUCAUGGCAUCCAAGUUAUUUGCUUGUUUGUUGGAUACUCAUUUGGGUAGGGGUCUUCUUCAAGACAAUGAAUGCUUUAAUUCUUUGCUUUCUUUUUGAUUCAAUAAUAUUCUAAAUGCUUUCAUUGCUGUCUUCUGAUUUUUCUGCACUCACAUCUAUAUAUUCCCCUAAACUACUUAAACUUAUGAUCUGCCAAAUACUGGUCACACUAAAGUCAAUUUACAACAAUUCCAACAUUUUUUGUAUACAAUUAUUAUGCAAUAAGAUUUUAACUAAUCCAUGUCACUAAACCGCCACUUAUUCAAACCUUAUUUCAAACAUAAACUGUGAAACCUUCUGCUGUUCUACAACUUUCAACUUCAACAUGCUGUUAUUUUCCAAGCCUAGCACACCUGAAGUGCGAUGAAGGCAGCUUUUCUAAAAUCUCUUCUAUAAUAAGAGCACCCAAGCAACAUAAGUUCUCUAACGAGAUGUCUGUAGACUUGAAACGUGGAGAAACACUUCCAAUUCACAUUAAUAUGACAUUUCCUUCAUUACCUUGUGAUGUCGUAAGUGUAGAUGCCAUUGACAUGUCAGGCAAGCACGAAGUGGAUCUUGAUACUAACAUAUGGAAACUUCGCCUGAACAGUCACGGUCAUAUCGUUGGCACUGAAUAUUUGUCUGACCUUGUCGAAAAGGAGCAUGCAGCUCACAAGCAUGAUGAUGAGAAGGAACAUCACGAUGAUGCUGAUGCUGAUAAGAAGCUUCAUGCACUCGGCUUUGAUCAAGAAGCUGAAAAUAUGAUUAAGAAGGUGAAGCAAGCAUUGGCCAAUGGAGAAGGAUGCCGGGUUUAUGGGGUAUUAGAUGUUCAAAGGGUAGCUGGAAACUUCCACAUUUCAGUCCAUGGGUUAAACAUUUAUGUUGCUCAAAUGAUCUUUGGAGGAGCAACACAUGUCAAUGUAAGUCAUAUGAUUCAUGAUUUAUCAUUCGGGCCAAAAUAUCCUGGACUUCACAACCCGCUUGAUGGUACAGUGCGGAUUUUGCAUGACACAAGUGGAACAUUCAAGUAUUACAUAAAGAUUGUCCCUACUGAGUACAGAUAUAUCUCAAAGGAAAUUUUGCCAACAAAUCAAUUCUCUGUUUCAGAAUAUUUUUCCACUAUGAAAGAGUUUGAUAGGACAUGGCCAGCUGUUUACUUUUUGUAUGAUCUGUCACCAAUCACUGUGACAAUAAAAGAAGAGCGCCGAAGCUUUCUCCAUUUCAUCACUAGACUUUGUGCAGUAUUGGGUGGAACGUUUGCUUUAACAGGAAUGCUGGAUCGUUGGAUGUAUAGGCUUCUUGAAGGAGUGACUAAACCAAGCGCUAGGGGCGUGUAUAGGUAGAGUUUUGGAGUGCAAGAAGGAACAGCAUCAAACUCACAUGUGCACUUCCUCAGUGGAAAUCUCAAAAUUGUCAAAAUUACUGGCUUCCGAACAUAAAGUGAGCGUAAAAUGCAGAGAGAACGAGGAUUAAAAGAAUAUAUAGUGGCGAUUGUCUAUGGCUUCUGAAAUUAUUCCAUGCAGUCUUCUAUGAUCAUUCCUUAAUACUAUUUUUAUGGGCAACUUAGGGUUUGGAAUAGAUACAUAUAUGUGGGAUGCUUUUGGGACCUAAGAAUAUCCUCUUUUCCCUGUUAACGCAACUCCUUUUCAGUCUAUCAAAAAAAAAUUU